GUCGAUUGUCAGGCUCCAACUGCCAACCCAGAGAUCCUUCGCUGCAGCUCGCAUAGAACUCCAGACCUCUAGAGCCUCACUCUUUCAAUCAUUGGGUAUCAGCCCUCAGUACAACUCGACCGGGGUAUAGCGUUUUUACAUGCACAUUCACGCCAUGUCGGACUUGCCGGCGCAACUCUACUUCGCCUAUGGUAGUAACCUUUGGCUGCAGCAAAUGGCCAGCCGUUGCCCAGAAAGUUACUACGUUGGCAGGGCGGUUCUGUUGGAUCAUCGAUGGCAGAUCAACAGUCGAGGCUUCGCGAAUGUGAUUCCUUGCAGCGGAUACAACGUGCACGGACUGGUCUACCAAGUAAGCGUCGACGAUGAAGCUCGCCUCGACAGAAACGAAGGCGUCCAUUCCGGCGCUUACACCAAGUCAUAUCAUAGUGUCGUGUUACAUGAAGCUGUUGAAGACCUCCAGCUUCCAACACGAUACCUUGUCCAAGAUGGUGGGCUAGAUAAGGCUGUCAACGCAGUGCGGUCAGGAUCGCGAUCCCAUGAGCCCGAGCGGCAAGGCAGAAUCAGAAGCAACGUCCUGGUUUAUCUCAGCAGUCGCUACUCGCAGUGGGGUACCGCACGGGAUGAAUACGUUGACCGCAUGAACUGUGGCAUAAGGGAUGCUGUCACUUUGGGUAUCCCAAGUGACUUCUUCGAGAACACGGUUCGACCGUCCAUUCCAUUGAGGUCAACCUCAAGACGAUCUCAACGCGAGGAUCAGACGAGAAGGGCGACGCGUCAAAAUGGUCAUCGCAGAGCCAGUUCAGACCCAGAGGAUCCUCGUCGAAGAAGGCGUCGGAGCUCAUCUCCGCAGCGCAGAGCAUGGGGGACUGCAUUCCAGCGCCACGCCUCAACCUUGGGGCGAGGUGUGCGCACUUCCCAGAGAGUUUCAAGGCCAUUUUCGCAAUCAACAUCCUGGACAUGGGGGUGGUGAUUGAGCUGUCUCAUGCCCGGCCCAUUGUUUGUGCAUAUUCACUUCAGCCCACCCGAGCCUUUUUAUUUAGUAUGCAUGUAUAUUCCAAUAAUAGAUCGUUUUCAACC